AUGGCAACGGCCUGGAGAAGAAGCACACUCUGUUUCCGUGAGCCAUGGCCACUGCACCACCCCCAGUACUGCCGCUGCUGCUACUAUCUUCGUCUUGUCUUGCUCAUCGGCCUGGCUUUCUUUCUUAUGGAGGUAGCUGGAGUAGAAGGGAGAGUGAGCAGCAAGGGGUGCUUGCAGAGGGAGAGGGAUGCUCUCUUGCUUUACAAAGCCGCCAUCAAGGAUCCUUCCGCCCGCUUGUCUUCUUGGCGUGCCCAAGGAGACGACUGCUGCGCAUGGACUGGCGUGGUCUGCCACAACAGAACAGGCAGCGUACGAGUGGCCGAGCUCAACCUUGGAAAUACAUAUCACGAAGAACGUAAUUUGCCAGACAUGGCUUUGAGGGGUGAGCUGCUGCAUCCAUCAUUGCUGUCUUUAUCUCACUUGCAAAGCUUAGAUCUGAGUUGCAAUGACUUUGAGGGCACCCAAAUUCCACCUCUCGUUGGUUCUCUUCACAAACUCAGGUAUCUUGAUCUUUCUCGCUCCAACUUCGGUGGAAUCAUUCCCCCUCAUCUCGGAAACUUAACUGAUCUUCGUUAUCUUGAUCUCGGCUCACAUGAUAAUCUUUAUUUUCCUAAAGUUGGUCACAGCCUAGACUGGCUGUCUGGCCUUUCUUCUUUGAUUUAUUUGGACAUGUCCUAUUUGAAUCUCAGCGAUGCCUCCCAUAAUUGGUUAUCAGCAGUCAACAUGUUACCUUCCCUACAACAAUUACAUCUACAAGGCUGUAGUAUUAAUAUUAAUAUUAAUAUCCCCCUUUCUCUCAACUUCCAUCUCAACCUCACUUCUCUCACUACUCUUGAUCUUACUGGGAACAUCUUCAACUCUUCUUUUCCUAAUUGGUUGUGGAAUCUCACAAGCCUCUCGUCUCUUGAACUUUGGCGUACUGAAAUUGGAGGGGCACUGCCUGCUGAAAUUGGGAAUUUAAAUAGCCUCACACAUCUUGAUCUUUUUGGGAAUUUGCUCUCUGGUCCCCUUCCUGAUACGUCCAAUACCCAGUGA